CCACAAUCCCAACCAACCACGCAGCAACAUCCACGAUGGCCGAAGGAAGCAACUACGAUUACCUCUUCAAAGUCGUACUCAUUGGUGACUCAGGUGUCGGCAAAUCCAAUUUGCUUUCAAGAUUUACACGUAACGAGUUUAACCUGGAGUCAAAGUCGACGAUUGGUGUUGAGUUUGCGACGAGGUCUAUUAAUGUCGAUGGGAAGACUGUAAAGGCGCAGAUUUGGGAUACAGCUGGUCAAGAGCGUUACCGCGCCAUCACAUCAGCUUACUACCGUGGCGCUGUCGGAGCUCUUCUUGUCUACGAUAUCGCCAAGCACGCGACAUACGUGAACGUCACCCGGUGGUUAAAGGAACUCCGGGACCACGCCGACUCGAACAUCGUUAUCAUGCUUGUGGGCAACAAGAGCGAUUUGAAGCACUUGCGAGCUGUGACGACCGAUGAAGCAAAGGCGUUUUCAACUGAGAAUGGGCUAUCAUUUAUCGAGACAUCGGCGCUGGACGCCUCAAAUGUCGAGAGUGCAUUCCAAACCAUCCUCACUGAUAUCUACCGCAUUGUCUCGAGUAAAUCGCUUGAAUCAUCUACAAACAACAUCGAGCCUCCCAAGGAAGGUAUCAGUGUGGGACCAUCUCUGGAUUCUACCGCAACCCAGGGCAGCAAGUGCUGUUAAAUUACAUUUCUUGCGGGGCUCGGGUAGGUGGCCUGGCGGUGGGCGUGUGUGUACUAGGAACGGGAUUUUUGUUUCUGGGUGUGUAUCCACAACGUACAGCUAAUUCCCGCAUGACAUUUUUUUUUUACGAUUUUGUCUUGUUCGUACUUGUAAUAUCCGACUGUGUUACGACCUCAUAUUUUUGGAGUAUGGUAGAUUGUGAGGUUAUGAAGACGAGCUAUGAGGAAAUCAUUAUGAGAUUUUUGU